GAGAGAGAGAGAGAGAGAGAGAGAGAGAGAGAGAGAGAGAGAGAGAGAGAGAGAGAGAGAGAGAGAGAGAGAGAGAGAGAGAGAGAGAGAGAGAGAGCUCACCAAGAGUCCUCGCCGGAGCCACCGCACGCCAGGACGUUGCCAAGCUCGUCAUCACCAUCAACCGCAGCUCGAGGCCAUCAUCGUGUUCCUCUCGUCAAGACGAAGCCGUAGACACCAACCGCGUCGCGAUCGGAGCCCGGACGAAGCCGUACGCGCUUCCGGAAGUUCGCCUCUGCGCGCGCGUGAGUUCCACGCGCCGCCGCCGGACCACCGUCCUCCGCCGCAGCGCCGCCGCCGGACCACCGUCCCCCGCCGCCGGAAUACCGCCGUCGCCGCCGACAACCGCCGCCGGAAUAUCGCCGUCGCCGCCGGUGACCGACACCGGUGACUCGCCGGCGACUCGGUCAACUCGGCCGAGUCAACUCAGUGAGUCAACUCGGUUGACUCGGUUAACCGAUCGGUUAGCCGGUUUAAAUUGAUUUCGGUUCGGUUAGGGUAAACCGGUCGGUUUAGUCAAAUCGAUUUCUGGUCAAAGCUUGAUCGGGUUGACUUUGACCAGCGGGUUGACUUUUCCAAAAACCUUGACCAGUUCCGUUUUCGACCGUUCGAAAGGCGUUCUGACUCAGAAUUUCGAUCUGAUUUCAGAUAUGGAGUCUAUUUGAGCAGCUGGAGUUCAUAGACAACACUUUUCUAUUGCUAAGGUGAGACCGAUGAGCAGGAGUGAUUAUCGGACCGGUGCUAUUGGGCUUUUGGGCUUCUAUCGCUUUUACCGCUUUUAUCUUUAUCGGGCCUUUAGGCCUUUGGACUUUUAUCGUUUAUGUUAUUCCUAUUUCAGACUUUCGGUUUAUGUCGUAUUUUAUAUUUCGGAUGUUAUCGAUGUUGGGCUUUUAGGCCUUUUGGUACCGUAUUGACUUUUAUAUUAUGAUAUGAAGAUUAUUAUUAUUUUAUUUCCGCUUUUAUCAAUUUAUUAUAUUUCGAAAGUGGCGGGUGUCACAAUUUGGUAUCAGAGCGGGUUCCAUCCCGGUUCCGUCCCGGGAUGGCGGUCAGGGGAUUCGGUUUUCAUCGGUUUUCAACGUUCUUUUUGUUUUAAAAAAAAUAUGUAUUUAUUUAUAUAUUUGGAAAUUCUUUUAGCACCAUUAUGUCCAGUAAUUACUAACUCAAAUGUCUCUUUCUAUGACGAUGAGUAAAAUCAUCGUCAUUCGUCCUUCGACUAUCAGAGUUCUCGCCAGAUGUUCAGUAGUUGCGUGAAGUCCAAGUUCGUCAGUUUUCUCGGGAGUUAUCAGUUUCUUCGAUCAUGAUUUCGAGGCUAUCCAGGAGUGGAUAUGUGACGUUUCUGCCACCAGCCCACUUCAAGCAAUCGUUCCACGAGUUUUGUUACUGGAGAUUAUGUGGUGUGUGGUAUGAGCCAUUGGUUGGCAUGUGUUGUUGUGUGUACGAGUAUAUUGACUAUUUUGGAGAUAUAUUGGUUUUGUGAACUCGUGGAGAUCGCUUUUGAAUUGGGGUGCAGCAGCUUGCGUUGUGUGGGUGUUGGAGUUACACUUUGGUAUGUUUAUCAAUUUUGGCAGUGUUGAUCGUUUCAGAGAUGUGUCGGUUUGGACAAUUGAUAUAGGACAUUGGGAGCUGUUUAUGUCCAUCGCAGUGUACCAGUUAUGCUUGGAGGGCCGAUUUGUUCGGAUAUUCAUCAGAGAUGGAGCUAUGUUGUACGAUGUUAUCCUUGGGAUGGACUGGCUGUCGCGGCAUCGAGUAGUGUUGUAUUUUUUUUGAGGGCAAGAGUUCCUAUUGCUGGAGCAAAUGGAAGUUUUUAUUGCAUGCAUUCUACAUGCUGAGGAGUUAUGGGAUACAAGGACAGAGAGAUUUUUGACUACCAUCUCGAUGGUUAAGGAUGAUGGACAACAUGAGCUGCAGGAUCUUCCGGUUAUUGCAGAGUAUGAGGACAUAUUUGUGACCUUUGGAACGGUCACCACAUGACACGUGAGAAACUCUUGCGAUUUGUUUGGAGCAAACAGCACCAGUUUCACAAGUUUUAUACCGAUUAGCACCAACAGAGAUGACAAAGCUGAAAGAGCAUGUUGAAGAUUCAUCAGACAAGGGUUUUAUCAGACCGGGUACUUUACCGUGGGGAAUAUCAUCAUUGUUGUUGUAAAGAAGAAAGGUGGGAGUUUCAAUUUUGUAUCGACUACAAAGGUCUGAACAAAGUGACCAUUAAAGAUAAGUAUCACUUCCGCGCGUUGAUGAAUUAUUGGAUUAUUUACAGGAAGUUUAUAGUUCUUGAAGGUUGACAUGGCAUCAGAACACCAUCAGAUUACUAUAUUUGAAGAGUAUCUACUGAAUGUGAAUUUUUGUAUACAUUAUGGAUAUUAUGGGACACAGUGAUACCAUUUAGCUCGACAAAGGCACUGUUGCAUUCAUGAAGAUAUGAAUGACGUUUUCGUGAACAUUUGGAUAGGUGUGCGAUUGUAUUCAUCGAUGACAUCCUGAUUUAUUUUGGAGUAGAAAGGAGAUUUGUGAGCAUUUCGCGGAUUGCGUUGGAUAAGCCUGGAGAGCAUCAGUUGUUCGCUAAGUUGAGGAUGUGUAGCUUCUGGCAGAGAAAUGUUGUAUUUUUGGGUAACAUGGUUUUGGAAUCAGAAUUUUGAUGGAUCCAAAGAAGAUUAAUACCGUUUCGGGAAGGUCGAAACCUAAGAGCGCUACAAAGAUCUGACGUUCUUUUUGGGUUAAUAGUGUACUACUGGAAGUUCAUCAAGGGUUUCACCAGUAUAGUAAUGUUAAAGACGCGGUCUACAUGUAAAGACGUUAAGUGUGGUUGGAUAGAUUUUUGUUCGAGGAGUUUCACUGAAUUGAAGCACAACUAAUGAAGACACUAGUUUUGGGUUCUACUGAGGCUGAGGCUUACUGUGAUGUGUCAGAUAGUGGAUUGGAUUUAAAUUAAGGUAUGAGGAUUAAGUCAUUCAUAUGCAUCACGCCAGAGAGGCUGUAGUGGUAUUUGCGUUAUCGUUUUGGAGAUCGUAAUUGUACGGGAAGGAAGUUCAGAUUCUCUGGGAUUAUUAGAAUGUGAAAUUUAUCUUCAUUUAUUAAAAACUUGUACUUGGGCAGUGCAGUUGGAUUGAGUUUGUAACAGGCUAUAGUCUAGAUAUCGCAUACUAUCUGGUAAGGACAACCAGGUGAUAAAUGCCUUGGGUAGGCGUAUGAGCUGUAUCCCAGGAACCAAGAAGGUUCAUGAGUUGGAGAUUUGCUAAUCUCAGAUUGUGUGUUAUUACUGUCAAAGGAAAGACAUAUGACCUUAAGGUUUGGAGCAUGCAGUUUUGCUAUGGAGGAUACACAAGCACGAGUUAGCAUUAUGGAUUUGGUUGAACAAAUCGAGAUUGGGAGUAUUGGAUAUCAUACAGCUUUGAGCAGGAUAUACUUGUACCGAAACCGAGUUUGUGUGUUGGACGAUAAGUUGUUAAGAAAAGGAAUCUUACAACAAACAUAUCACUCGUGUUUCUCUACGCAUCCGGAAGACCAAAGGGUACAAAGAUAUGAAGAGUUAACUAUAAUUGGUGUAGUAUGAAGAUGUUUGUAACUACAUUGCGUCGCGGUGCCAGACAUGUUAUAGGGCAAUGACAGAGGAUCAGUUAUCUAUUAUGUUAUUUUUGAGCUUGCUUUUGCCGGAGUGGAAAUGAGGCAUGGUGAUUAAGGACAUUUCAGGAGGGGCCUAAGACUCAGAAGAUAAAGGAGCUUAAACUGAGACACAUGGAAUUGUAUCCUGCACUGGAGUGGAUUGGAUUAGUUGCUUGCAGUUACUUUAUCAGCAGUAUAUCAGCCUUCUAGGAGUUGGUUCAUAUGACAGCAUUGCAAAAGUUGAGAAUGCGCUAUAAUUAUUUUGCAGUAGACGUCAAGUGAGUUCAUAAAGAUUUUAUGGACCUUAUCAUCUAUUGAAGAUUUUGGAUCAUCAUGAGAAAACAGUUCCGGGAAUGUCGACCGUGUUUGUCAGAGUUCUUUGAGAGGGAGAUAAGACUCAGGAGGAAACCUGAAAGGCCGAACGAGGAUUAGUAUUCGAGGUUUUGGAGGUUUUGCUAUGAUAACAUUGGACAUGUCAGCUUAUGACUUGAAUUCGGGGACGAAUUCCUUGUAAGUGGGGGAGAAUUGUAAUGACCCCAAACAUUGUCCAAAGGUCAAGUUUCUUUUUUCUUUUAGAGAGAGAGAGAGAGAGAGAGAGAGAGCUCACCAAGAGUCCUCGCCAGAGCCACCGCACGCCAGGACGUUGCCAAGCUCGUCAUCACCAUCAACCGCAGCUCGAGGCCAUCAUCGUGUUCCUCUCGUCAAGACGAAGCCGUAGACACCAACCGCGUCGCGAUCGGAGCCCGGACGAAGCCGUACGCGCUUCCGGAAGUUCGCCUCUGCGCGCGCGUGAGUUCCACGCGCCGCCGCCGGACCACCGUCCUCCGCCGCAGCGCCGCCGCCAGACCACCGUCCCCCGCCGCCGGAAUACCGCCGUCGCCGCCGACAACCGCCGCCGGAAUAUCGCCGUCGCCGCCGGUGACCGACACCGGUGACUCGCCGGCGACUCGGUCAACUCGGCCGAGUCAACUCAGUGAGUCAACUCGGUUGACUCGGUUAACCGAUCGGUUAGCCGGUUUAAAUUGAUUUCGGUUCGGUUAGGGUAAACCGGUCGGUUUAGUCAAAUCGAUUUCUGGUCAAAGCUUGACCGGGUUGACUUUGACCAGCAGGUUGACUUUUCCAAAAACCUUGACCAGUUCCGUUUUCGACCGUUCGAAAGGCGUUCUGACUCAGAAUUUCGAUCUGAUUUCAGAUAUGGAGUCUAUUUGAGCAGCUGGAGUUCAUAGACAACACUUUUCUAUUGCUAAGGUGAGGGUCUAUUCCCGAACUCCUCUUAUUCAGCUUAGGACCUCGAAUAAGUAUAAUUUAUUUCUAAUGUGUUCCGUCUGUGUGAAAUCGAGUCUGUCAUUGCUUGUUUAGUUUUAGGUUCUUUGUAUAAACCGGAACUAGGGGGUUAGAGGAUUCAACAUUGAUUGUUUCACUUAAUGUAAAUUCUUAGCUAGGAUUGUUUUUGUUUGGAGACGGAUACAGAGUCGGACUGCUGUAUGCCAGAUUGUAUGAAGGUCACGGCCAACUUUAGUCGACCGGUUGAGCCGUAGACUGGAAGUGUCGAUAAAUCGUCUACGGGCGUGUGUUACCGAGCACUUUUUCGGUGUGUGUAUGAACCGAGCACCUUUUCGGUAGUGUUUUGGCCUGUUAGUGGGCGGCGAGUGCGCACCUCGCUAGGACCAUUGUUUGUUGCUUGAGUACUUUAGGUACUGUGUUUGACAUGCAUUAGAAUUAAAUUAUAUUUAUUCGGAGUGCUAUGUCCGGGUCCAUGGACUUCGGGGUAGCAUCCCAUACCUCGCUGAGCGAUUCCCCUGUCGCUCACCCCUCAUUCUUUCCCCCUUUUAGGUGAGACCGAUGAGCAGGAGUGAUUAUCGGACCGGUGCUAUUGGGCUUUUGGGCUUCUAUCGCUUUUACCGCUUUUAUCUUUAUCGGGCCUUUAGGCCUUUGGACUUUUAUCGUUUAUGUUAUUCCUAUUUCAGACUUUCGGUUUAUGUCGUAUUUUAUAUUUUGGAUGUUAUCGAUGUUGGGCUUUUAGGCCUUUUGGUACCGUAUUGACUUUUAUAUUAUGAUAUGAAGAUUAUUAUUAUUUUAUUUCCGCUUUUAUCAAUUUAUUAUAUUUCGAAAGUGGCGGGUGUCACAAUUUAGUGGGUCCAAGUAUCUAAUUUCAUUUGUAUCUAGAGCCGUAAACUGGGCGAGCCCAUGUCCAUUAGUCUAUAUCCAUUUGUCCAUUUAUUAUUUGCGGAUAGAGAGUGACCAUGUCCAUUAAGAACCAUGUCCAUUAAGGACCAUACCCACUAACACCCAUAUUUUCAUGGGCUGUCAUGGGAUUCAUAAUGACCAUAUAAAAAAUUUAAAUUUUAAUUUAUAAGCCUACAAUUAUAUAUACAAGUUCAUAAAAUUAAAAUUCAUCCAUAAAUUCAAAAGUACAACAAUACAUAAGUUCAUAAGUACAACAAUUCCGGUCUUGGCGGAAAAAUCGAUUUUGCGGUUUUGGCGGAAAAACUUAAUUUUGCAGUUUUGACGGGAAACUCGAUUUUGCAGUUUUGGCGGAAAAACUCAUUUUUCGGUUUUGGCGGAAAACUAGAUUUUUUGAUUUUGGCAGAGAAACUCGAUUUUUCGGUUUUGCCAUGGGGUCCAUAAUGGCCAUAUAAGAAAAUUUUAUUUUAUAAGCCUACAAUUACAUAUACAAGUUCAUAAAAUUAAAAUUCAUCCACAAAUUCAUAAGUACAAUAAUACAUAAGUUCAUAAGUACAACAAUUUCGGUUUUGGCGAGAAAAAUCGAUUUUUCGGUUUUGACAGGAAAACUCGAUUUUCCGGUUUUGACGGAAAAAAUUGAUUUUGCAUUUUGAAGAAAAACUCAAUUUUGCGAUUCUGACGGAAAAACUCAAUUUUCUGGUUCUGGCGGGAAAAUUUGAUAUCAAAAUUUAAGCGAAAAAUCGAUUUUACGAUUUUAGCGGAAAAACUUAAAUUUUAGAAACCCUAGGUUUUGUGACCAUUGGACAAUCCACGUCCAUAAAGCCCAAAACCAACAAAGACCAUUUUCUUAAUGGUCUUCCACAUUUUAUCCAAUAAAACCCAAUGGGAAAAAGGGUUUGUCCAUAUUAAACCCGUUUAUAUAUGGACAUGGACAAUCAUUGGACGACCCGCCCAUUUGACACCUCUAUUUGUAUCUUACCCUCAGGUGUGUGCUGCCCCCACUGAUGAAAAUAGGCUUAAUAGUGGCGAUUUGAGAAACGGGAAUAGCUACCCUUACUGGCCAAAACUCGUAAUCGACGGUCCAUAUGGAGCACCAUCACAAGACUACAAGAACUUCGAAGUUGUUCUACUAGUGGGUCUAGGAAUCGGAGCUACUCCUAUGAUCAGCAUUAUCAAGGACAUAAUCAAUAACUUGAAAGUCAAUACUGGAGAUGAAGAAGAAGGAAGAGGCAGUAACCGGAACCACAACGUGGUCACACCUCCUCCUAUUUCUCCUGCAAGAAAGAGAGAGAUGUUCAUAACCAAGAGAGCAUACUUCCACUGGAGCACAAAAGAGCAAGGAACUUUUGACUGGUUCAAGAACGUGUUGGACGAAGUGGCCGAAGCAGAUGUUAACAACGUUAUAGAGCUGCAUAAUUACUGCAGCAGCAUCUACCAAGAAGGAGACGCGAGGUCCGCACUGAUCACGAUGCUCCAGUCGCUGUACCACGCCAAGAACGGAAGGGACAUUGUGUCGGGAACACGUGUCAUGUCCGAAUUCGCUAGGCCAAAAUGGAGGAGCAUUUACAAAAGGAUCGCUGUGAAGCAUCCCUACACCAGAGUUGGAGUGUUUUAUUGCGGACUAGCUGGAGCAGUGAAGGAGCACCAAGAUUUGGCAAAGGAAUUCUCUCAUAAAACCUCCACCAAAUUCUGUUUCCAUAAAGAAAAUUUCUAGAAAUUUACGUUUUCUGAUAUAAUGUAUUGUACACAUGGUGUGAGUUAAUAUUUUCUUUUACUGUAAAGUUAAAGUUAAAAACUCUUAAAUUAUCUACUUGUAAGUCAUCUCUUACUUUAAUUUCCGUUGGAAUGAAUCUUUUUCUUAAAAAUAAGGAUUUUUAAUGUUAAAA